AAAAACAGACAGGCAGACAGGCAGACAGACAGACAGGCAGACAGACAGACAGGCAGGUAGACAGACACACGAGCAGACAUGGCGGAGCAGAAGAAGCUACAAGGGAAAUUCAAAUCCAACGUUGGUUACGGAACUCUGCCUGAUCUUCACACCAGAGUAGAAGUGGACGACGAAAAGGGCCUGAUCGAAGCAGAGGCAUCGGAGGCAGAGCAGAGUGGCUAUCAGAGCUCAGGGCAUCGCAGCAACGGGAGUUAUGCCAGCAGUCACUACGUCAGUCAGUAUACGAGUAAACGGAGCAGUGUUGCCAGCGGGAAGUAUAGUACGAAGGAAGGGAAGUAUGAACUGUGGACAGGUCGAAGCCGCAGUGACAGUUUCAGCAGUGCAGGGAGCGGAAGCAGUGACGAGCUGUUCACGCGGUCCAGCAGCUCGACGACGUCCCUCCACUGCCACGACGCCCUGACUGAGCCUCCCGAGGACCGCCGCGCCUUCAUAAAGCUGUCUGUGGCGUCGGCUCUGUCGCUCGUCUUCAUGGUCACCGAAUACGUGGGCGGCUACUACUCCUCCAGUUUAGCGGUCCUGUCCGACGCCGGCCACCUCCUCAGCGACUUCUGCGGCUUCGCUGUCUCCCUCGUCGCCCUAUGGCUCGUCCGGCGCCCUCCGUCUAGGUCCAUGAGCUUCGGCUAUUAUCGGGCAGAGGUCCUGGGGUCCGUGGCGAGCGUCCUGAUCGUGUGGGUUGUGACCGGCCUCCUGGUGGCAGCGGCGGUGGAGAGGGUUAAGGGCGAGGCCUACACGCUAGAUCCCGACAUUAUGCUCCUUAUGGCUGGUCUCGGGAUCGCCAUCAACUUGGUCAUCGCCCUCAUCCUCCACGGCUGCGGCUGCCACGGCCACUUCCACAGCGCCUACAAGAGUGAGAAGCAGAACAUCAACGUGCGGGCGGCUCUCGUGCACGUGGUGGCGGACACGUUGCAGACCGUGGCCGUCAUGGCUGCAGCCGUGGUUGUUAAGUUCUGGCCGGAGUACAAAAUCGCCGACCCGAUCCUGACCUUCGUGUUCGGCUUCAUCGUGGUGGUGACGACGCUGCCCAUCCUCCGCGACCUCGCCCACGUGCUGAUGGAGGGGACGCCGAGGAACGUGGACUACGGCGCCCUCCUGAACGACCUGGAGGGCUUGCCGGGCGUGAGGACGGUCCACAACCUGCACAUCUGGUCCCUAACGCUGGAUAAGAACGCGCUCUCCGUGCAUCUGGGGAUCGACCAGAGCUUCGACACCGACACAGUACUCGAGGAGGCGCAGCGCAUGAUUCGCCGCCACUACCACGUGUGCAAAUCCACUAUCCAGGUGGAACGCUACGACCAGGAGAUGGAGAGCUGUAAGAAGUGCCAGCCGAUCAAGUGAUAGGUGGAGGGGAGGGAUAGAGGAGGUGCUUGAAGGGAUGGGUCCUUGUGGGUUAGAUUUUAUGGGUUAGAUUCUUUUAAAGGGUUUGUUUGUUUGGUGGAGAGAGAGGGAGGGAGGGAGGGAGGGAGGGAGAGAGAGAGAGAGAGAGAGGGGGAGAGAGAGAGAGAAAACACAGAAAAAGAGAGAGAGAAAACACAGAGAAAGAGAGAGAGAGAGAGAGAGAAAAGGAGAGAGAAAGAGAGAGAAAACACAGAGAAAGAGAGAGAAAACACAAAGAAUGAGAGAGACAACAUAGAGAAAAAGAGAGAGAAAACACAGAGAAAGAGAGAGAAAACAGAGAGAAAGAGAGAGAAAACAGAGAGAAAGAGAGAGAACACAGAGAUAAAGAGAGAAAACUCCUAUCUAUGUACGCGUGCAUGUAUACACCCUCCCCCCCCCCCCGACAUCCAUCAGCCCCCCCCCCCAACAAUAAUGAACAUACAAUACCCUUUAUCAUCCAAGAUAACCAUAUACACGAAAACGCCCUUAAUAAACAGCAAAAAAAAAGAAAGAAAAAAAAACAUACUCUCACACCCCCUCAAUCAGAGAUAUCAUUACGGUCAAUUAUUCCC